AGGGCAGAUUUGACUAUUUGACAGCUGGUAGCUUUUGCUCGCUAAUGUCAAAAGCACAAGCUGAGAAUUAUAAGUUUUCAAGAAAUUUCUAGUAUGAUAUUGAAAAAAAUGAAUGAAAAAACCCCGUGCUGAUUGUCUUAUGGGGUAAAUGCGCCUUAAAAGGAAUGCGUCUGUUUAAUUGAGAGCACAUUGACUACAUUGCCCACAAUGCAUUUGUCAAUUACGUCAUCAAUCAACGUCAGAGUCACAACAAGGAAGUGGAUGCUCAUGGUGUCUGAAUUUCUUCUUGUAAUCUUCUUAGAGAGAGGACAGUAGAAGUGAACACUUAAAGAUUACCUUGAUCUUAUUUUGCCCAACAAAGCUUUGACCUGUCGGGGUUUUAGAAUACGCAUCUAGUCAUCGACGAAGGUAAAACAGAAGCAUGAGUGUAAUAGUCUAGUAGAUACAUGGGUGUAGUGGUAGUAGCAGAUCAGCCCCUCCAUUCAUUCCUGAAACAAGCAGUCACUCCUGUCUUUAUGAUCUGAUUCCACCGACGUUUCAUGCAGACCCACUGCAGUAUUGACACUUGAGGAUGAGGAUGAUCACAUUUUUCCUGGUCGGGCUGACAGUCCACGUGGUGUUCUUCAUCUCCAUCUUUGACAUCUACUUCACCUCCCCCCUGGUCCAUGGCAUGACACCUCAGUCCAUACCACUGGUGCCCCCCGCCUCCAGACUGGUCCUUGUGGUGGCUGAUGGCCUCAGAGCAGAUAGUCUGUUCACACUCCUGUCCAAUGAUUCCUCCAUGAUCCCAUACCUGAGGAAUGUGAUCGAAGACAUGGGCACCUGGGGUGUGUCGCACACGCGCGUGCCUACUGAGUCUCGUCCAGGUCACGUUGCUCUCAUCGCGGGUUUCUACGAAGACGUCAGCGCAGUUGCUAAAGGCUGGAAGGAAAACCCUGUAGAGUUUGACUCUGUUUUUAAUGAGAGCAGACACACCUGGUGCUGGGGCAGCCCUGACAUCCUACCUAUGUUUGCCAAAGGUGCCAGCGGAGACCAUGUGUAUACCCACACAUACCCAGCCCAGGAGGAGGACUUCGCCUCCACAGACGCCUCCAGGCUGGACAGCUGGGUGUUCACGCAAGUUAAAGCCUUUUUUAAUUCAGCUAAGUGGAACUCCUCUCUGAGGGCCAGUUUACUGGAGGAUAAGAACGUCUUCUUCCUGCACCUGUUGGGGAUUGACACUAAUGGACACGCUCACAGACCGGUAUCAAAAGAGUAUAUAGACAAUAUUGCUCUAGUAGAUUCCGGUGUAGCUGAACUGGUGUCAACAGUAGAGGAAUUCUUUGAUUACGAUGGCAGAACAGCAUAUGUUUUCACAUCUGAUCAUGGAAUGACGAACUGGGGUUCCCACGGUGCAGGCCAUCCCUCAGAAACUCUCACCCCUUUAGUGGCGUGGGGAGCUGGAGUUAAUAGAGCCAGGAUAGUUACAGAACCCCAACAGUACACCGAUGGGUACUUAAAAGACUGGAAACUAGAACACCUCCGUAGAGUUGACGUCAAUCAGGCUGACAUUGCUCCUCUCAUGGCGUCCCUCAUCGGUGUGCCUAUUCCUGUUAACUCUGUAGGAGUCUUACCUCUUCUCUACCUGAACAACAGUGAGCAGUUUAAGGCAGAGAGCAUGUAUACUAAUGCCAUUCAAAUACUGGAGCAGUUCAAGAUGAAAAUGAGCCAGAGAAAGGAGACGACCUUGUCUUUUCUCUUCACGCCUUAUCAACCUCUAACUGAGUCAAAACAAGCAGAGCUGAUCCACAAGGCUCGGAUACUGAUUCAACUGGAGAAGUAUGAGGAUGCAGUUUCUCUUUGCCAGUCGCUCAUAUCCCGCUCCCUGGAGGGCCUGGUCUACUACCACACCUACGACAGGUUCUUCCUGGGCUGCAGUGUGGUGCUGGGAUUCGUCGGCUGGACCUCAUAUGUGAUCUUAGUCAUCCUGAAGACUCACGCCAGCCUCAACAGACACCCUAAUCUCACUCAGCAGAUUCCCAGCCGUAACUUGGCGAGGCUCUGCAUGUGCGUGGCAGCAGUGAUCGCCGUGUUUCUGUUCAUCCAGAGGAGCCCUUUCACCUAUUACAUUUACUGCCUGCUGCCUGUCCCAGUGUGGUACUCUGUUCUCAAAGAGUCUGGAACUCUGACAGAUUUGAUCCGUUCGGCGCCCUCCCUGCCGCUGUGGAAAUGCCUGGGCUACUUUGUUCUGGUGGCAUUUGGGAUUGAGCUGCUGGUGGUGAGUUUCUUCCAUCGCGCCAUGCUGACCGUGGGCCUGGCUGCCCUCUCUCUCUGGCCUCUCCUGUCGGGGCUUUUCUCCAAGGCCAAGGUGCGCUCAGGGAGCUGGUUUCUGGGCUGUCUGUGUUUGGCUGCCUUCCCCCUGAUGCCUGUCGUGGGACGAGAGCCUAACGUGCAUCUGGUUGUUUGUGCAGGGCUGCUCACGCUCUUCACUUCGGCCUGUUACCUCUGGUCAUCGCGACACAAGACGCCGCUGCACCUCGGCGACAAGCCGCAGUUCGUCUCUCAGAUGCUCCAUGUGGCCGUGUGUGCGUGCGUGCCGUCCCUGACACACGCCAGCCUGCAGCAGAAGCAGGGCCUGCCGCUUCUGAAUCAGGUCAUCAGCUGGAGCACAUUAGCAUCUUCUAUAUUCGUCCCUUUGCUGAGCUCGACUCGUCUUUUCCAUCGACUCCUCAGCAUAUUCUUGUCCCUCACGUCUACGUACCUGCUGCUCAGCACUGGGUCAGAGGCCUUGUUUCCCCCUGUUCUAUCUUGGUUGAUGUUUGUGUGGAUCAACAUUGAACAGGAAGCUCUGCUGUCUCAGGGAGUUUCUAGCAGGCAAGAGUUGUCUGUCAUUGAUUUCUCCGCAAACAUCGACAUCACCAGGAUCCGACAGCUGAAGCUGGAUGAUAUUAGAAGAUCAUACUUUUUUGUAUUCUUCAUAAUAACAGCUUUCUUUGGCACAGGAAACAUCGCAUCUAUUAAUAGUUUUGACCCUGCGUCUGUCUAUUGUUUCCUCACUGUGUUCAACCCUUUCAUCAUGGGAGGACUGAUGAUGUGGAAGGUUAUUAUUCCGUUCAUCAUAGUGAUGUGCACAUUUGAGACCAUCCAGGUUGCAACACAGCUCUCGUCGAGAAGUUUGUUCCUUAUCGUCCUGGUAAUCUCUGAUUUGAUGGCUCUGCAUUUUUUCUUCCUGGUGCAAGACUACGGCAGCUGGUUGGAUAUUGGCACAAGCAUCAGCCAUUAUGUGAUCGUGAUGUCAAUGACAAUCUUCCUGAUGCUGCUCAGUGUGGUCACGCACAUUCUCACCUCAAAGAGACUCAUCCUGUGGAGAAAAACCAAGAUGCACUUCCCCUAA